CGACUGAUAAAGCAUCCAACCUCUCGCCCAUUCACCCAUCCUUACCAGCCUACCAACCUCUCUGUCUGUCUGUCUGUCUGUGCAUCACUCACUCCCUCACUCAUCUCUCCUAGAUUCAUUCAUCAGACCACAAAGCCUGCCUGCCUGGCAGACACCCCCCCGCCCGCCAUACCACCCACACCUUCAUUCCUCAUAUGACGGUGAUUUUCGGCCCCUCGGUGGCCCUGCCCACGGCCUUCUGCAGAUAGGAAGUCAGGCUCUCAAGGCUGCUGGACGGCACAUGCAACACCUGAACACACGCAGACCACAGCACAAACAACCAGCCGAGCCAAGCUUGUGUCCCGGGUGGGGUGCGGGAGUGGAGUGUGUGGUGGCUCUGACAUCGCAUGCGGGCACGGGGCUCUUGUCGAAUCUCUUGGCCCCUGAAAACUCCACCUGGUUGGCAAACGCUUCAUCAUUUAACCAACACACCACACAUCACACAUAGAUAAGUACUGCUGGUCUGCGACGUGACGCGAGUGCGUGUGUGUGCGUACACAUGCCCCAGUAGAAGAAGCGCGAGACGUUUUUUGAGAGCCUGAGAAGCCCCGGUGAGACCCGGUUGACCUGUGCGCUCUCGCCCCUGCUGCCCAUGAGGGUCUUGCACAGACUCAAGAUCUGCUCUGUCGUCAAAGGCUGGAUGGACCACACACACACACACACACACAGAUGGAUGGAUGGAUGGAUGGAACAAACAGAACCGGACGAUUUAUUUAUGGAACACGAUGGAUGGCAUGGAUGGGCAACGCAAUGCAACGCACCUGUGGCCCAACGAGGUCCAAGAUCUUGUUCUCGGCCCCGGGAAGCUCCAGCGCCCUGAUGGAUUUAUACAUACAUACAUCACAUCCACACGUGUGUGCGUGCAGUACGUACAAGACAGGCAUAAGAAACAACAAAUAUCAGCCGGUCUGUCUGGCUGGCUGUCCGGCUGUCUGUCUGUGUGUCAGACAUGCAUGCAUAGAAGUACCUGAGUGAGUAAGUACCUGAGUGCGAGUCUGCCGGCAUCUUCCUCCGCGAUGUAGGGCACUCCCUCAUCGCCCUGUCCCUCUGGCGGCAGAUACACGGGCUCGCCCAGCUGCAUCGGACGAAUGAACUCACUCACCACACCUACACGUACACAUACACAUACACACGCAUACCAUACACACACGCAUGUGCACGCACAUACACACGUCCGUCGGUCGGUGUGUUGGAUGCAGUCAGUCAGUCAGUCAGUCAGUGGGUGUGUUGAUGCGGUGGCUGUUGUCAGUCACUGACCGCUGUAGAAUCCGGGGACCCUGAGGAUGGUGUAGGGCACGUCCGAGUCCUGAAUGACGUUCUCCAUGACGUACUUGUACUUGACCCGCGCCACGUCGAGGAACCGCUCGGCGUCUGUCACGCUGAAGAAGACCAGCCGCUUGACCUGCGCUGCCUCGCACGCCGCUACCAACGCAUACUUGCCCUCCCAGUCAAUCUGCACGCAAUAUACAUGCAUACCCGCACACGCACCGCACCGGACAGGACACAGAUCCCAUCCCGACAGGCAAGGCGUGCGUCGGGUCGGGUGUCGUGUCGGACCUUUCUCUGGGCUUCGAGUUCGAUGGCUCGUGUGGCUGAUGCGUCGAUGACGGCCGUGACGCCCGCCAGCGCCCCUGGGAGGGUCUCAGGCAGACUCAGGUCACCAUACACUAUCUCAGCUCCCCAGUCUGACAGAAUGGACCCCUUGCUGCACACACACACAUCCAUCCAUCUAUCCAUCCAUGCAUCCACCAGGGCGGACAAGCAGUGCAGGUGUCGUCCCUUUCACUCACUCACUCACGUCGACCGGCCCACCCAGCUACCUACCGUGGUGAUCUGAGGAUGCAUCUGACGUCAUAUCCCCGGUCGAUGGCAUUCUUGACAAUGAUGCGGCCCACUGUGCCGGUGCCGCCCAGCACCAGCAGCUUGCCGGGCACAGGGGGCGCCAUCAUACGCAGGGACCGUGACAAACCGACGCGAUUGUGUGGUGGAUUGGGUACCUGAACAACACAAAAAGGACAAUGUGAAAGCAAGCCAUUGACAGACAGUGGCUGUCAGGCAAAUCCAUGGUUCUGCGUACGUGUCUGUGUGUCAAGGGGACCGGCUGCCUCCUCAAGACAUUCCGGUGCGGUCCUUGGAAAGCGACGCCUGAAGGCAGACACGAAUGAGAUCAGAUCAUCAUGAUGCAAUUCGAUUUGCCGUCCGUCCGUCGUGCGCACCUGAUGGGUCGAAUGGCGUCCUGCUGGUGUGUGCAUUGGCAGUCCAUGGCAGCCACGCGCACACCCAGCAGAGCAGCCAUCUGCACAAGCGCAUGGCUGCCUGCAUCGACAGAUCUGUGGUGCUCCUUCUCCC